CUCCCUCUGUCUCUCUCUCAGUCGCUGUGCUCUGACGGAUGGAGAUACACUGCCAGCGAGGACUUGGGGGUGAGAAGAGAAGUGUUUUUCUUUCUCCUCCGCCCGGCUUCCCUCACGAGCUGUUAAUCCCUGCCUUGGUCCUGAGGAUGAGGAGGUUCUAUUUGUGAGGAAGGCGCGACAAAGGAAGAGCAAACAAGGAGCAACAGGGUGCUGAAUUCUGCGAGCGCGAGUGAGCGAGAAGAUCUUCUGAUUCCUCUCCGAGCUGGAAAAGGAGUCCUGACGGCGGGCAGCAGCCAUGUGAGAGGAGCUGUCCACAAGUAGAGGAUGCUCACGCCCAGCUAAAGCAGAGCCACCCCCCUCCCUCCUUUCCUCCCUACCUCCCUACCUCCCACAUGAGGACGAGAAGAUGACUGUCACCAGCAGACAGUCCUUCAAUGUCCUGACGGUCAUCUUCCUCCUGCUGUCCACUGCAGCCCUCUCCGCUCAUUACCGAGUGUGUGAACCCUACUCGGACCACAAAGGGGGUUAUCACUUCGGCUUUCACUGCCCUCGCCUCUCAGACAACAAGACCUACAUGUUCUGCUGCCACCACAACAACACCGCCUUCAAAUACUGCUGCAACGAAACAGAGUUCCAGAUGCUCAUGCAGAUCAACCUCACGACCACUUCAGACGGUUAUGCACACAAUAAUUACACAGCCCUCGUCGGCGUGUGGAUCUACGGCUUCUUCGUCCUGGUGCUGCUGGCGCUGGACUUUCUCUACUACUCGGCCAUAAACUACGAGCUGUGCCGGGUCUACCUGGAGAAAUGGGGUCUGGGGGGGCGCUGGCUGAAGAAGGCUCGCAGUCAGUGGCACAGGUCCAUGCCAGAGGAGAGCGAAGCCCAGGCCGCGGCCCCCAGCCACUACCAGCCCAGACACAGCCUCCGAGGGGAGAGCCACAGCCCCACGCUCCUGCCCUACAACACGUCCACCGCGUGAAUGAUUCUGCAAGUGGACAAAGUGGAGAGUAGCAACACCUGGUUCCCUUACGCGGUUCAGAGGCGAGGCCCCGCGGACGCCCCCUCUCUGGACCACCAGCGGUGGGCCAGCCACACCGUAGAAGUUAGAAGAGACUACUGCCCUUUCCAAAUGAGCACAGAACAGCCACGGACCGACAGCAGCAGGCCGGCGUGGCAUUUAGAAACCCCGCUGAGCAACGGCUGCCAGGAGGCACGCAGGACGGUUCUGCUGCAGAGGAGCGACACGCUCCGAAGCCAACAGGUGUUCAGUGACCCUCUGAAGAGACGGCCAAGGCCCCGGGUGUCCCAAAAAGAUCCCAGACGAACUGGAUGAACUGCACCCGCCGGUGUGGAGGCUUUAAGAAGCUCAUCUUUCUAGAUAUAAGACGUUUAUUACACUGCUGUUUCAGUUUGUGUUCAGUAGCAGUUAGGCACAGUUGUGGGUUAUCUAUUUGGUGGUUUAUUUAUGUGCAUUAGUCAGAGAAAUAUACGAGUGGUUAACAUUCAGAACAUGUACCAGCUUAGGUUGAUGCUGAGCAUCUCACUUAGAGUAGUAGGAUGUAGAACGCUUUUGUUACUCACUGAUCCGAGACACAAAAUGUCUCUGCAGCCAUGUUGAGAAAACAAUAUCUUGUAUGAAAUGUUGUAGAUCUCCUCUGAAAACAAGUGAUUUCUCUAUAUUGUAAAGUGUCUGACAAGGACACAACGCCAUGCAGAUAAACUGCUGUAGAUGAAAAGGCUUCACAUUAGUUCAUCCACAUUUCCCUUCGAAGUCAUUCACUCUAAACAAUACGCGACAAAGCCACAAAACGGCCGCGCAUUGUGGCUAGUCUGUAGCUUCGUUCCACCUGCUCACCUGCUGCGAAAAGCAAACUGAAGCCGGUUCGCUCGUAAUGUGAACACAUGAUGAUGAGGAUCAGGGACGAAGAGCGCUGUGCCACGUUAAACACAACGUCAAUCCGUGGCGUCCGGCCUACAAGCCCAUCGGAGGUAAUUACUUGUGAAGUUAGUGUGAGACAGUCGUGUCUGUAACACUCAUUGACUUGUUCGCCCUUCCUCAUUACCGGACCUGUCUGAAAAACAGCUCCAUUAGCAACAUGGUGACAAUGAAUCCAUCCAUCCAUAUGGUUCCUUUAUAAGGAGCACACUACAUCCUGUAUUGGGAACACACAAUUGUGAUUAGCCGUAAUGGAAAGUGAAAAAACAACAACAACAAAAACCCAUUACAACCCCUUUCACUGUCAGCAAUAAUGUACUGUAUAGAUGGAUGACAUCAUAUGUAAAAGUUGGGUCAUCACUGAGGGGGGGUCGCAGCGCUUUCAGUUGAUUUUACAUUUAGUAAGGUGAAGUUACCAAAAGGGAGAUUCUGAAUAAUUCUCUCAUAAUGAAAAAGGUCACGAUGUAUUUGUCAGCGUUGUGAGGAGGAAAGUGAAAACAAUUCACUUUUUAAAGAAAAAGAUUUAUUUUAGAGCUGCAACUAAUGAUGUCUUUCUCUAACGAUUGAUGGGACAAUUAUUUUCUCAAUAAGUUAAUGACUCAUUUGGUCCAUAAAAUGUCAGAACAGUGAAACAUACAUGGCGUGAUUUUUGACAGCCAGAGAACAGAUAUUCACAAAAUUCAACACAGUCCAAGGAUAUUCGGCUAUAUGAUCAUAUAUGAUAACAUGUAACAGAACUAUUAAAAUCUUCACAUUUGUGAAAUCAGUGUAAACUUGUAAAUAAAUGAUGGAUCAAUUAUUUAAUUGCAGUCAUCCAGGGGUGCAACUAAAGAUUAAUUUCCUUAUUGAUUAAUAAGCCAAUCUCUUUCUCAAUUAAUAGUUACAUUUAAUGACUACAUUGUUAAUAAAUGAGGUUUUCCCCUAUCCAGAGCGAGAGGUGCCCUUAAUCGCUUUCUCUUUCAUUAAGUGUGGAUUCUCUGAACAAAACUGGUAGCUGGUCGAGCGCUGGGCUCCUUCCUCAGUUAUCGGCAAUAAUAUUCACAUUUGCUGAGUUGUUAGAUCAAGUUCAUUCCCGUUUCCGUGGCUAAAGCUUAAUUGCGUUUGCGGGCCUGUGCUUUCAGGGGCAGAAGAAUAGGAUGUGUCCAAUUGAAAUAAUUGGCCCAGGGAUCUGCAGUGGUUCUAAAUUACACUCUCCUGCUCUCUUUCCGUAGCUGCCUCCGUAAUCCAAGUGUGGGAUCAAAAGCAGCAACCAGAGGAGAGUUUUGACUCGUGCAGUAGCACAAAGGGGAUUUAAUUAGUCCCUAAUGCUGAAUAAGUGGGAAAAAAACGAUGAUGUGUUUGAGGUGAUGUCCUUUUUUCGGGUUUGUGCUGUGUGACCUGUAAUAAAGUAAAGAAGGUAUGUUCUCAUUAACAAUAAAGUAGAAAAGUAGCAGCGUCAAAGUUGGAACAUUUCCGCCGUUUCUUAAAAUGUUCCAAGUUGGUUUUGUGAUGUUUCCUGUUUUGUUUGAGGACAGUCGUGACUCUGGCCUGAUGUGUGAUGUGGUACUGUAAAUCGUAUCAGCUCAACCCUCUACCCAAAUUAAAAUGAUUAACAAAAAAACAAAAGGGAUGGGAGGAAAACAGCACACAUCUGUUUCAGUCUGUCCGGUUGUCAUGGUAACAGUUGCCUUACAGUUUACCCACCUGUACACAGAAGCUUUGUAGUGGUUGAUACCUCACGUUUUGGGUGUGGUGGUGAUGAUGAUGUACACUACGUUCUGUCUAUGUAUUUACUACUAGAUAGAAUGAUCAGUACCGUUUUCAGUUGGAUUGUUAUUGCACUUGUUGACUUUGUAUUGUCACAACAGGGAGAAAUAAAGUUGUAUCUUUUCCAGUGUGUUUAAA